UGUAAAAUUCGAGGCACUGCCCCAUUCUCUUCUCGACAUUGCAUCGUGUGACCAUUUCUUAUCAGAUCGAUUGAUAAACCUCGGAUCUGCCCCCCUUGCCUCGGAGACAAGCCCAAUUAGGCCAACCAGAACAUCCAAGAGCCUAGAGUACCCCAGUGGUUGGUCGGUGGCGCAAGCGUGCCCUUAAGUACUACAUUUCCUUCAUCUUUACCCCCGAUAUUUCCUUGAGACGCCAUGUCGGAGCCGAGCUCCGGCGACGAGAACGAGUCGUCCCACCUCGCUGCCGAGGUCAACGAGAACGGGGAUCAGCCGCCGCCGAGGAAGAGGCAGAGGGUCAGGCUCUCGUGUCUCGAAUGCCGACGGAGGAAGUUGUCGUGCGACCGAGAAUUUCCCUGUUCGCGCUGCCUCCAAUCCGGAACCCCGGAGAAGUGCGAGUAUGAGACUCGCCCCGGUCUAGCCCCCCCCAACAAACUCGGCCUCUCUCAGAGCCCUCUUGCCAGCUUCGACACCCGGCUGUCCUUACCCCAUGGCGGCCGAGAGUCCUCGCCUUACCGGAAGGAUUCCUUUCGCGACCAUGACAGGAUCCGUAAGCUCGAGCUUGAAGUCGCCCAGCUGAAGGGCCUUCUUGCCAAGCAAGUCUCUGUGGACGGAAGCACUGUGGUCGAGCAGUCUCCCACUACUCAACAGGCCGAGGACAAGUCCGAGGCUGAGGCGAAACUGCCUUCCUUCCUCCAGAGUCAGUUCGAUGUAGGCGGCUUCGAAAAAGAAGAGCUGCGAUUCUUUCGCGGCAAAGAAUUCAAGACUCGAUAUUUCGGGCCCCACAAUGCCUGUCUGGCGUUCUCAGAGCUUACCGGCCUCUGUCCCUUCAUGAAAGAGACUGCUGAGGAGUGGCUUCAGCCGCUCCACAUCCACAGCAACAAGAAGGACAGGAAGAAGAACAAGGAAGAACGGGAGAAGAAGUUUCAUCUACCAGAUCUGGAAUUAGAGGCCCUGUUGCCGUCCAAGGAAGAAACCGACACCCUUGUCUCGGUCUAUCUGGACCAAUUUGAACAGGUCCAUCGUAUCGUCCAUGUCCCGAGUUUUCGAAGAGAGUAUUCGAAGUUCUGGGAGCCGGGACAUACACGGACUGCGGCCUUCACCGUCCUUGUCUUGUCUAUUCUGUCCAUAGCCAGCUGCCAGCGGGAUCAUGGAACCGCCAAGUUCGAGAAGAUGGUAUCUAAUUUCCACAAUUGCGCCUUGAAAUGGAUCAAGGCGUGCGACCAGUGGCAAGAGCGUCAGAGCCAGAAACACAGGCGACUGAUUCACUACCAGAUCGCCUGCCUCCUUUAUCUUUCCAAGCGUGUCAACACGGUGAAGAAGAAGCGGUUCUGGAAGGGGGCUGGGGCACUCAUCCAAGACGCCAUCUCGGUUGGUCUGCACAGGGACACCAGCCAGGCAAACGACAGUAUUUCACCAUUCAACCAGGAAAUGAGAAAGCGGCUCUGGGCAACGAUGGAAAAUUUUGAUCUGCAAGCCUCGUUCGAUCACGGCUUGCCGUCCAUCCUAAGCGCCCUGCACUACGACGUCCGGCCGCCUGGCAACCUCGACGACGACGAGUUUGACGAGGAUACAGAGGAGCUGCCGGCGUCGAAGCCGCCCACCGAGUAUACCUAUUCAUCAUACCAGCGUCUCAGCCGCCAGAGUCUCCCGCUCCGCUCGGAGCUCAGUCGCGUUCUCACGGGGCCUCGGGAGGAACUAGACUACGACCAGGUCAUUCGAUACACGAACGAGAUCAAUCAAGAGAUUGAUUCCCUGCCGUCGUGGGAGAACAACGAGGGUGGAAACCCGGAAGUGCACAAGAAGCCGCUGCUUGCGUACACGCUUCUGCAUAUCCAGCUCCGGCAGUACAUCAUCCCUUUACACCAGCCGUUCCUGCGCCUUCGAAAGACGAAUUCCAAGUAUCAGUAUUCCGAGAUCAUCUACUACAAUGCUGCCCGAGACAUGGUGCUCUUGAACGACAAGCUCGUCCAGCAAGGCGUCCGGACGCUCAACUUCCUCCGCGAGGACAGCCUGACUCUUGCCAUAAAUCUCUGCAGCGUAACCAUGCUUCAGCCGCGGGGGUCCACGAACAUGAUCAUGAUCAACUCGCAGCACACGCUCCAGCUGCUCGGGAAAUGCCUGGCCAUGAAGGAGGACCGCAUCCUGAGAUGCGGCAACAACGAGCCGUGGGGCUACUCCAUCAUGUGUGCGGCCGUCGGCCUGCUCGAGGCCCACCUCGACACCAAGACAGCCGAGGCCGCCAAGGCCGGCGCCGCGGAGCGCUUCAUCAACCUCCACCUCAAGCUGCUCGCGGGGCAAGAUCCGCCGCAGUCGAGCCAGCAGGCCGAGCUUCCCGGCCCCGCGAACACGGCCCCAAUGCCGGCCGCCUGUGCCAUUAUUCCUCCCCCAGUACCGUCAGAUAUAUUCGUGCGAUCAAAGUCUGUGACGCCAUUCUUGUCUGCCUCACAGGGCUCAGCCGGGCAAGCACCCUCCGGUCCGGUGGAAAUCCCCGGGACCCCAUGGUGGCUGCCCAACACUGGCGACCCGACCAUCGCACCUAUGCAACCGGUCAAUCCCGAUUUCAGCUACGAGUCGCUGGGGCUGAACCUGAAUGAGCUCUGGGGUGAUCAGUGGGAUUGGGAUUAUCAAUGAGUGGGAUGGAUGGGUGCUACUGGUUCGGAGGUAAAAAUGGGACGGCGUGACUGGCGUUGCUUUGUGAGAAAACGAUCACCACUCAAAGAGUAUGGGUAGGCUGGGGCUCGAUACCCUUUGUGCAGGAAUGGUUCAUUGGUUACCUUAGGUAUUGAUCCCUUCUCACCCGAUAAUUCAAGUAAUAUCAAUUAGGACUGGUCCUAUCCUUCUGUGCCGCAGACCCCCCCCACCAAAAAAAAAAAAAACCAACAGGCAUAGGUACCCUUUCUGGCCCACCGGAACCUGUUUGUGUUGGGAGC